GAAAGAUGGGCCAGUGGAACGUUUUGUAGUAUUUAUGGCGAACAAAGGCCAUGGUGCUCAAGAUAUGUUCAAUGCCUUAAUGGAAUUUUUGAAGAUACAUGGCCUAGAGCUGGAAAACUGCCGUGGGCAAAGCUAUGAUAAUGCAUCUGCAAUGAGUGGAAAGUACAAUGGUCUACAAGCAAAAGUGAGAGAAGAACAGUCUUGCAUUCCUUGUACAGCACAUUCUCUAAACCUGGGUGGGAAAAAUGCUGUAGAAUGCUGUUCGAGUGCCAUACAGUUUUUUGACUUCCUCGAAAAGCUGUUUGUCUUCUUCACGAUUUCAACACAUCGACAUCAACUUUUGACUGAGGCUUUGAAUUAUGACGAUUCAUCAUUGACUCUCAAGCAUGUCACAACAACUCGUUGGUCUUGCAAAGCUGAUGCAACAAAGGCUCUAAAGAAUGACUAUCAACAGAUCAAGGAUGUACUGACAAAAAUUACUGAUGACACUGAAGAAAAAGGUUGCAUACGCUGUGAAGCAGAUGGAUUGCUAAGGCAGAUAAAUCAGCUUGAAACAGGUAUUUACAUUAUCUUCUGGAAUGAUAUCCUGCAAAGAACUGAUGCUACUAACAAAACAUUACAACAUGCAAAACUUGAUCUAAACACUGCUGUGGCAUCACUUGCAAGCUUGAAAGAUUAUGUUGCUUCAAAGCGUGAAUCAUUUGACACUUAUGAGAAACAAGGCAAAGAACUUUCUGGUUCAGCAGACUAUGUCCAGACAAAAACUCGAAACAAACGCCGCAAUGUACGUCUUAGUCCAUUAGAUUAUGGCCAAUCAGAAGAAGUUGAACUCAGUCCUUCUGAAAAAUAUAGAACACAAAGUUUCUUACCUGUUAUUGACCAGUUCAUCACUUCUAUAGACCAACGUCUGCAGGCAUAUAAAGAUAUAUCAAGUAAAUUUAGCUUCUUCAAUCACCUGAAAGAACUAUCUUCAGACGACCUUCAGGCUGCAGCAGAGCAAUUACUUAAGUCUUAUCCAGAUGACUUGGAUAAAACUUUGGCUGAUGAACUUGUUCAGUUUGUCGCAUUUGUCAACAUAUUCGCAGAUGAGGAGCCAGGGAAUAUUAGCACUGAGCAUUUCUUGCAUAGACUUAUUAUGGACAAGGGUGUGCAGGACACUUUUCCAAAUAUUGAAAUAGCUCUAAGGAUAUACCUUGUUUUGAUGGUAUCUAACUGCAGUGGUGAGCGCUCCUUUUCAAAACUAAAACUAAUUGAGAAUAGAUUACGGACAUCUAUGAAGCAGAAACGACUUGUGAAUCUAGUGAUCAUGAGCAUAGAGUCAGAUAUACUACGUGAAUUGGACUUCAAAGACAUCAUACACGACUUUGCUACACGAAAAUCCAGAAAAGUGACCGGACUAUAAUGUAUUGACAGUUGGUGUAAAAAAUGACAAAUAUGAUGUAAAUUUUCUGUUUAAUUA